GCCGAGAUCAUCCAGCUGCUGAAGCGAGCCAAGUUGUGCAUCAUGAAAGAUGAGCCAGCAGAGGCAGAGCUAAUUUUGCAUGAUGCUCUUCGUCUUGCCUAUAAGAGUGAUAACAAGAAGGCCGUCACUUACACUUACGAUUUGAUGGCCAACUUAGCAUUUAUACGGGGUCAGCUUGAAAAUGCGGAGAAACUUUUUAAAGCAACAAUGAGUUACCUGCUUGGAGGGGGCGUGCAGCAGGAAGACAAUGCAAUAAUAGAAAUCUCUCUAAAGCUGGCCACUAUUUAUGCUGCUCAGAAUAGACAGGAACUGGCUCUUGCUGGUUAUGAAUUCUGCAUUUCAACUCUAGAGGAAAAAAUUGAAAGAGAAAAGGAAUUAUCAGAAGACACUUUGUCAGUGGAAGAGAAAGCCAACACCCACCUCCUCUUGGGCAUGUGCCUAGACACCUAUGCCCGCUACCUUCUGUUCUCCAAGCAGCCAUCACAGGCACAAAGGAUGUAUGAAAAAGCUUUGCAGAUUUCUGAAGAAAUACUAGGAGAAAGACACCCACAGACCAUCGUGCUGCUGAGUGACCUGGCCACCACCCUGGAUGCGCAGGGCCGCUCCGACGAGGCCUGGGUUCACGCACAGAGGGCGUCAGACCUGGCGAGACAGGUGGAGCACCCUGAGCUCCACGUGCUGCUCAGUAAUCUGGCUGCAGUCCUGAUGCACAGAGAACGAUAUGCACAAGCAGAAGAGAUCUACCAGGAAGCACUGAAGCGAGCAAAGCUGAAAAGAGAUGAGGUUUCUGUGCAGCGCAUCAGGGAAGAGCUGGCUGGGCUGUCAAGAAAAAGGAGACCUUUGUCGUAG